GCUCCUGAAGGUGAUAUGUCUCAUUUGCGAUUGGUGGACCUGAAUAGCUUCUCUCAGAGUGAGGGAAGCCUGCUACGCUGGUCCCCAAUGUCCAGCUACCCUGAUAUGUACAGUGGUCCCCAGCAACUGAUUCAAAGAUGUGUAAUUGUACAGAAAGACGAGAAGGGAUAUGGACUCACGGUCACCGGCGACAACCCCGUGUUUAUCCAGAGUGUCAAAGAUCAUGGGGCUGCAUACAAAGCAGGAGUACAGACUGGGGAUAGGAUAAUUAAGGUAAGUCUUAACCCUUUGUCACCUGGGACCUAGCGGUAUCUAUCCUAGGCCAGUGAGAGAGAAAAUCUGGUGGUCUGUGGCUUAAUGUCAGCCUGUCAUGGACUAUAGAGGGCACUUUUUUACAUUGAUUAUAGAGUGUCUCUAUGAAGUUAAAAAACACAAGUCAUAAUUUGAAUGCUGUUUUGUUUUUGCUAUUAAUGGCAAACUUUUGGUAAGGAAACUUGCUCAAGAUCUGCGGGAGGAUUUCUUAGCAGAUGGCAUUGUACGGACUAUUCAAAAUUGAUUCUGGAUGCUGAGAUACAUUGAUAGCCAUCCUGUAGGGUAAUGUGUAUGGA